CGGCCCGGCCCCGCCCUGCACCGCCCCGCGGGGGAGGGGCCGCCCGCGCCGGCGGGGCGCAGAGCGAGACGGCGUGGGGCCGCGGGCGCAACCCCUUGCAGAGCCGCUGCCGCCGCCGCCGUCCCCAUGCCGGCCUAGCGCCCCGCGCCAGCUCCGCUCCUGCCCGUCCCCGCCGCGCCGAGCGCCCGGCGCUCCGAGGCGGCCCCCGCGGGGCGGCGCCGCCAUGUGGCGGGGGCUGCCGCUGCUCGCCCUGGCCGCGGUGCUGCUGCGCGAGACGCCGCGGGCGCGGGCCGCGGCCUGCGAGCCGGUGCGCAUCCCCCUGUGCAAGCCGCUGCCCUGGAACAUGACCAAGAUGCCCAACCACCUGCACCACAGCACGCAGGCCAACGCCAUCCUGGCCAUCGAGCAGUUCGAGGGGCUGCUGGGCACCAACUGCAGCCCCGACCUGCUCUUCUUCCUCUGCGCCAUGUACGCGCCCAUCUGCACCAUCGACUUCCAGCACGAGCCCAUCAAGCCCUGCAAGUCGGUGUGCGAGCGGGCCCGCGCCGGCUGCGAGCCCGUCCUCGUCCGCUACCACCACGCCUGGCCCGAGAGCUUGGCCUGCGACGAGCUGCCGCUCUACGACCGCGGCGUCUGCAUCUCCCCCGAGGCCAUCGUCACCGCCGAGGGAGCCGAUUUCCCUAUGGAUUCUAAUAAUGGCAACUGUAGAGGCACCGGCAGUGAGCGCUGCAAAUGUAAGCCUGUAAAAGCUACCCAGAAGACCUACCUUCGGAACAAUUACAACUACGUCAUUCGGGCUAAAGUGAAGGAGGUGAAGACUAAAUGUCAUGAUGUCACUGCAGUAGUGGAAGUAAAGGAGAUUCUAAAAUCUUCUUUGGUGAACAUCCCAAAGGACACUGUAAACCUUUACACAAACUCCGGUUGCCUAUGUCCACCCCUCAGUGCCAAUGAAGAAUACAUCAUAAUGGGCUAUGAAGAUGAGGAGCGCUCCAGGUUACUCUUGGUAGAAGGCUCCAUAGCUGAGAAAUGGAAGGAUCGUCUAGGUAAAAAAGUAAAGCGUUGGGAUCAGAAACUCCGCCACCUUGGGAAGGGAAAAGGAGAGCCUGGACAAAGUGAUUCAGCUCAGAAGUCUAGCAAAACCAGCAAUUCACGACAAGCACGUAAUUAGAUGUGAAAUGCUGUAUGUUAAAAUUCAGUGGACUGUAUAUCAAGACUUGCAUUGUUGGAGCAGCAAAGGAGAAAUUGCACUAUUGCACGUUAUAUUCUAUUGUUUACUACAAAAUAAUGUUUUAGCUUAUAUUAGUUUUUAUUCUUCCUGGUGUCUGCCUUUUUUUUCUGGAUCUGCGCAAGCUCUGGAAAUAUAUAUUUUUUUUUUCUGUCAGAAAACUGCCCUUAUGAGAUGGGGAAAGAUUAGGUCAUGCUGAAGUUACCAUUUUAUCUCCUGAAUCUUCUUAUGGAGAAAAUUCUGAUGUAAGCAGAGAUGAGAUCUGUCAAAGACUGAUUUAAAAUCACGACUCUCACCAGCUUCCUUGUUCCAGUCUUUCUCAUCACAGGCUCGGUCAUUGUUUGCAGAAAGUCAUGGCAGGAGGAGUGGGGGUGGGUUUGUUUUUUUGCUGUUGUUCUUUGGUUUUUUUGAAUGUAUAAAUUUUUAUUCUGAAAUAUAAUGGCCAUAUAUGUACACACACUCGACCCCGCCAUGUUUAGAGGCACAUGAUACUUCUAGAAAAUGAAUGGAGAAGAAAACUGUUUGCAGAGUUCCUCACAGAAAAACAGCAAGACCAUUUUUUACUAGUAGGAAACCACAGUUUGGAUGUUUAGUGCUGUUUAUGUGGUUACUUUUUUUUAUUUGGUCUUUGGUAGAAUUACUUGUUCACAAAAAUACUAAUUAGCGUUAAGGAAAGAAAUUAUGUCAAGAGAACUGUUUUACUCAGUACACCUUUGUUAAAUUUGUAAGUAAUUUUGUAACUUGUGUAAGCCAAAGUCUAACUUAAAAUAUUUACUGUGACAAACACAGUGUGCUUCUUGUUUUUUUGAAUAUGUUGGGACUUGUUUUUUAAACAUGUUGGGAAUAUGUGGGGAAAUGUUGUAUUGGUCUGUUACCUCAGAACAUAAUUUACAAUAUAUUUUUUUCCUCUUAUAAUGGCAGUUUUCUUCCUUUUCUUUCAUUUCUCUGCUGAGUUGUAGGAGUAGACUGACUUACCAGGCCUGCUUCUCAGUACAGGUCUGCACUUUAUCAUUUUGAUUUUGUGGUGUUAUUCUUAAAUCUGUGCCUACAUGAACAGCAGUGUUCAAUGCUCAGUAAAAUGUGUCUAAUAAAAGAAUUGUAGUUGUCAACACA